AUGAUCAAGACCCCAGGUAGCCGACUAUCGCAAUAUCGCAACAUCGUAAUAUUCGAAAAGCGCAACAUUCGAGAUAGGAUCAGCGGCCGGGUCGCCGGCGCGAGCAGGCUCGUCGCAAGUCCGGACUCCCAGGCGACAUUCCAGGGCAGCGCGCCGUCGAGGGUCAAUUCACACACCCAUACUUCGCAGUUCUCACUGUCGUUCACCGAGUCCGCGGAGUUCAUCAGCCCGCUCAAGUUGGACGACUCGUGCCAGCCCGCACGGCUGCAGAACUGGGACAGAAUCCAGACGUUCCACGUGCCGCGAGCCACGGGGCUGCUGACGCAGACCGUGGGACAGCAGCGCGGCGGGUUCCGCUUCCUGACGAUUGUGAGUGCGAGCGCGGACCCGCUGACGAUCUCGAACAUCUCGCUGGCGAUCACGUUCAUGCCCCACUGGGAUGAUCUCAGGGCGUACCCGGGCUACUUCUUUGCACCUGACCCCGGGUUCCACGACAUCGACUUCCUCACGAAGAUCUGGCACUAUAGGGUGCAGACCAACACAAUCCCUCCCCACACGGCGCGACAGGAGCCGUGCCCAGCAGGAGGUGGCUGGUCCAACGAUGCCUUGGGAGGAGCUGCCACUGGGCCUAUCCUCGUCGAUGGUGCAAAACGCGACAGGAACAUCUGGCCAGGCGACUGCGGCAUCUCCACACACACGGAGCUCGUCGCGCUGAGCGACAUGGAGCCGACCAAGAACUCGUUGAUGGUGAUGUUCCGCACGCAAAACCUGACGACUGGCGCGCUGCAGUACUCCGGGCCGCCGCUGAACAACCAGGGAAGCGACACGUACAUCUCGUGGUCGCUCAUUGGGACGCACAACUACUUCCUGUACACGGGCGACCUCGAUUUCAUCAAGUCUGUCUGGGCGAACUACACCAAGGCGGUUGGCUUCCUUGAGGGCCAGGUGGACUUGACCGGCCUGAUGAACGUCUCGUCUGCGCUCUCGAACGACUGGGGCAGGGCCAGCGGCGCCGGACACAACUCUGCGGCAAACGCGUUGCUUUAUCGCACGCUCGUCACCACGGCGGACCUGGCGACGCAUCUCGGCAAUGUCUCCCUCCCCGCCACAUACCUCGCCAACGCGACCAAGAUCAAAACUGCGUUCAACAGCCUGCUGUGGGACGCCGCGGCGGGCCGGUUCCGCAGCAACGACCUGCCGAGGAGCAUCCACCCGCAGGACGGCAACGCGCUCGCGGUCCUGUACAACCUCACGACAUCGGACGCACAGAACAAGGCCGUGAGCGCCGGGCUGAUGAAGUUCUGGACGCCCAUCAGGCCGUGGCUUCGAGGUCUCAGUGUUAUCAUCUUCGCGAACGCGGCGACGCCUCCCAGCGACGUGCGCGGUCAGCUCGAGGCGUCUCUCAAGAACAUCAAUCACCGGGGUCCGGACUCGCAAGGAGUGUACGUCUCGCCUGACUGUCGUGUCGGUCUCGGACACGUCCGGCUCUCCAUUAUCGACCUCUCUCACGGUCAGCAGCCGCUUUCGGACGAGGACGACAAGAUCUUUUGCGUGGUCACCGGCGAGUUGUACGACUAUGCCCGGAUUCGCGCCGAUCUCGAAGCCAAGGGGGCAGUUUUCAAGACUCAUUCCGACUCCGAGCUCGUCGUUCAGCUUUACAAGCACGACGGCUUCAAUCUGCUCCCCUCGUUGCGAGGCGAGUUCGCGUUUGUGCUGUAUGAUUCUGCACGGAGCCUCGUUUUUGCUGCCCGCGACCGAUUUGGCAUCAAGCCUUUGUACUACACCAUUAACGACAACCGGCUCAUGAUCGCCAGUGAGAUGAAGGCGUUCUUGCCAUUCGGCUGGCAAGCGGAGUGGGACAUCGACAGCAUCAUGCACGCCGGUGACCUUUCAGACGACCGCACCGUCUUCAAGGGUGCGAGGAAGCUUGUUGCGGGCAACUACUUGAUCUAUCGUCCCACGGGCUAUCUCAAAGUUCAGCAGUAUUGGGACCUGGACUACACGCCGGCGAAGGUUCCUCAGACGGUUGAGGAGAUGAUAGAGGGCGUGCGCCAGCGUCUCUUCGAUGCAAUCAGGCUCCGCCUCCGGUCGGACGUCCCGAUAGGAAUGUACCUCAGCGGUGGGAUCGACAGCGCCGCCAUUGCUGGAAUGGCCACCCACCUCCUUAGGAAAGAGAACCCGAAUGCUCGCCUUGUUUCUUUCACACUUGCGUUCCCUGACGCGAAAGGAAACGACGAAGGCCCGAUCGCUGGCCGCACCGCCGAGCACAUCGGUGCGGAGACCCACAUGGUCGACGUCACGGAAGCUGCGCUCGUUGCGGCCUUGGAGCCGACCAUCUGGCACACCGAGCAGCCGAACUGGACGUUCCACGGGCCGGGCAAGUUCCUCCUGUCCGAGUUCGUCAACAAGCAGGGCUACAAGGUCGUUCUGAGCGGGGAAGGCGCAGACGAGUUCUUCGGUGGAUAUGCGUGGCUCCCCGUCGACUACCUCCGCCAAGCGGAUGAGGCUGGUCAGAAGCUCGGGCUGGAACUUCCCUCUGACGCUGAGCGGGUUGCGAUUCUGGAUCGCAUCCAGGGCAUGAGCGUUCCGGUGCUUUCGCUGAGCGAGAAUUCGUAUACGGAUGCAACAUUGGCACGCCAGAUGCUGGGCGGGGUUUCGUGCCAUCGCGCCUACGCUGCUGCGGGCACAGCCGGGCCGCACGUUUAUAACCAAACGGCGAUCAGCUUCGCGGGGGAGCCGUAUCCGACUCGGGCUAUGGCAGAGAACAUCGAUCCUCGUGUGCGCGAAAAGGCGGUCAGCGGUGAAUGGCACAAGCUGCACAUUGCAUCCUAUGUCACCGCGAAGACCAUCAUGCAGCAGUCUAUUCUGAAUCAGAUGGGCGAGAGAAGUGAGAUGGCGCAUUCUGUGGAAGGGCGACCCCCGUUCCUUGAUCACCACCUGGUCAACUACAUCAAUGGGCUUCCUGCAUCACUGAAAGUGCGGCCGAUUAAGGGCGCCGGGCCGGGAGCGUGGUCGUUCACGGACAAGUGGUUGCUGCGGGAGGCAGUGAAGCCGUAUGUGACGGAGGAGAUGUAUGCGCGGCGAAAGCUCAGCUACAAUGCCCCUGCGGCGAAUCGCGAGGCGGGCGGGCAACUGCUGCCUCUGCAGGCCCAUCUUAAAGCGCGCAUCACCCGAGAGAGCGUGGAACGACUGGGUUUCUUUGAUUGGGGCUUUGUCGAGACGUCGCUUGCUGGAUACCUGUCGAAUGCGGUGUUUCCCGCUGAUGGGGCGCUCGACACCCGGGCUCAGUUGCUCAUGUAUGUGCUCAGCUUCAUCGUGCUCCAAGAGCGCUUCUCUGUUCCGACCUGGUCUGUGUAGAUUAUUACAUUUACCGUAGAAUGCAACGCCGGUAGCGAUCUCUCGGCUCUCCUGGGAAUCUGUCUGCGUGCUACCGGGUGCCCAGUCUGUCGGAACAAAUCAUGUGCCUAGGUUGUUCCCAUCGUGAGAAGGCCUCUUGUGUCUCACCGACUGUUGUCCUCCCUUCCCAGCCGCAUCCUUUCCGAUUAGAUUAUAUAGUGUGCAAGGGCAGUCUGAGCUGUCAAUCCGCGAUUCAUGGCUGCCCCACCCGCUACCCCUCCUGCUUUUCCGCCUCUCGAUGACACUCUGGGAGCGAUGGAGAUCGGUGGAGUCGUCGGGACGUUCCUCUUCGGGAUUGGGACCCUGCAGACGUUCUAUUACUUCCGGCACUUCACGAACGACUCGCGCUAUCUGAGGUGGACGGUCGCGUUCCUCUGGUUCAUGGAAUUGGGACAUACCGUGUCUGCCUGGCAUGCGCUCUAUUCGCUCACGGUGACCUUCUACGGGCGACCUCAGCAUGUAGCUUCGCCGCCGCAUUCUCUGGAGAUGACCAUCCUCUUCUCAGCCCCGAUUUACUUCUUGGUUCAGGUCUUCUUUGCGAACAGGAUCCGCGUCCUCUCUGGAAAAUGGUUCAUCACGGUCAUUUGUUGGUUCCUCACGCUCCUGCGAGCCAUCUGCACCUUCGCCAUGCUCGGCGUCACGCUCCACAUCGCGACGCUCAGUGAGCUCGAGGUGCACUACCAGUGGCUGAUGGCGAUCGCGCUUUCCCUCGGUGUGGCGGUCGAUGUGAUUGUGGCCGGCGCAAUGUGCUGGUGUCUGAUGACUAUUCGCACCGACAGCAUUACGUUCACGAGACAAAUGGUUGAUACAUUGAUUCUCUGGACUUUGGAGGCUGGAACAGCCACGGGCGGCACCAGUGUCGCAAUCAUUAUAUUCUUCUUCCUUCGAAAAGAUCUGGCGUGGUUCCCCUUUUAUCUCGUCCUCGCCAAGUUGUUUUCCAACUCAAUGCUCGCCUCGUUGAAUGGUCGACAACGUUUCCGCGGUGCAAACAAACCAGCCAUCACACUCGAGUCGACCGUCCGAUCGAACGCCGUCACUCCCAACUUGGCUUCCCAUCGGGUCACUGACUUUGAGAUGGCGCAUGUGUCUGCUCCGCACGGUGUGGAAUUCGCGUCGGCCAAGGACUUGGAAGCGACUGCGAGAAAACAGAUGUUCGAGUGAACUUUGCACUCUGCCGACACAUUCGUUUCUUGUCUUUCAUUGACGGACUAUCAGCUAUCGUUAUUCGCUAUUGAGAACUUGUGUAUCUUCCAUGUAGAACAUCCAGAUAUAGAGUGUGGAAGUGCUCUAAAAUCAGACACGGAGCGGCAGGUCAAUCGACGCAACGCCUCAUCUUCUAUCAAUGCAUGGUGUCUAUUUUGAACACAUCAAUGAACACAUCAAGCAUCGGGAAUACUGCGCUGAAUAAUUCAGCGUGGCUUUGCACCCACGGGCGCGGGAGAACAUCACAGACGGGCCACCGAUCCCACUUCACCGUUUCUCUCCAUCCAGGCCUUCGUGUGACUCCUCCAGUCCGUUUCCAGCAGGCUGUACUGGCACUCAUCCUGAUAGCGCCCGUUCUCCAAAGGCGUCACAUCGCGCGCAAUGCCCUCGAGCUUCCAUCCGCCGCGCUCGGCCCAGGCCUGCGUCGCCUUGUUCCGGGUGUCGGUGUAUAGAUAGACCCGGUGGAUCUUCAUCACGUCGUACACGUAUCCCAGCAGAGUGUACAUCGCAUCGGUCGCGAAUGCUUUCCCGAAGUAUUCUGGGCGCACGACGAUCCCCGCCUCGCAUGAACAGCUGCGCUCGUGGUCGAUCAUAUAUAGGGAUGUCUCGCCCACGAAGUCCACUGGCGCGCCGUUGGUGCCGGUCGUAUAGAUCGCGAACUGCAGUCGUGUGGGAUCGUUCACUCCAGCUUCUCGGGCUCGUCGGACGGUCUCUGCCGUGAUCUUUUUUGGGAGUCCGACCAUGAACUUCCUCGUCGAAGGGAUCAUUCGCAGCCGUGCAACGGCCUCGUCGUCUGCCGAAGUCCGGGGCAUGAGCACGAGUUUGCCCGACUUGGAGAAGAGCGGUUUGUCGAGAAUCAUGUUGCAGAGAGAGGAUUCGAGUUCGAAUACUGCUGAUGUGUCAUGGCUUUUUCGAGGUUCUGGCCAUCAUGAGAAUGUCCAACUUUU